AUGUCUGCUUGGGACACCAAGGAUAUGUCUACCGCUUUGGCUGCGGAGGACUCUGGUCCCUUGGCUCAGGCCGAAGGCUCCAACCCGGCUGUUGCUGAGCCAGCUACGCUAGCUGUUACUUUGGCUAAGACCCCCCAGGAACAUGGUUGGGCCGCUGCAGAGGGCUACAACUAUGCUUCUUACAACAAGUCAUUCAAGGAGAUCGCCGAAGAGAAUGCCCAGGCCAGCAUGGAGGACCCGUCGAUCGGAAUCCAAGGUGCUGUUGGUGGACUUCGCCCUGGCGAGUGGUCAAGCAAUGCUGCUGUUUACGAGUGGGAGGGUGAUGUUGGUGACAUUGGCCCACCUCAUCCUGACCUCGAGAAGCAACUGUUCAGCUCCGAGCAUCAUGUGAAGGCCGGCAUUCAAUUUCAAAACAUUGCUAUGCUUCAUGUCACUCAGGAGGGCGAAGUUCGCAUUGAUCCCGUUCGGAAGUUUGAGGAUGCAGGCCUGCACCCAGCUAUGUUGGAGAAUGUGAAGUUGGCCGGUUAUGCUGUCCCAACUCCCAUUCAACAAUACUGCUUGCCUGCAGUCUUCAAGGGAUAUGACAUCGUGGCUUGUGCUCAGACCGGGUCAGGAAAGACCGCUGCAUUUUUGAUUCCCGUAUUGUCAAGGUUGAUGGGCAAGGCCAAGAAACUUGCGGCUCCUCGUCCCAACCCGGUCACAUUUCAACCUGGUAUUACUCCGCCUGUUCGAGCUGAACCGCUUGUUCUCAUUGUCUGCCCAAACCGUGAGCUCGCAACCCAGAUUUUCGAUGAGGCUCGUCGGUUCUGUUAUCGUACCAUGCUUCGCCCAUGCGUCGUUUACGGCGGUGGGCCUGUGGUUGAGCAAAUAAUGCAACUUGCGAAGGGUUGCGAUGUCCUGAUUGGUACUCCAGGUCGUCUUUGUGACUUUAUCAACCGCCCUCACGUACUGACAUUGAAGCGCCUGCGUUAUAUGAUCAUUGACGAGGCUGAUGAGAUGCUGCACUCCGACUGGGAGACCGAGUUGAAUAAUAUCAUGUCUGGCGGUGACCAGGAGGAAGGCAAUAUCAAAUACAUGAUGUUCUCGGCCACCUUUCCCAAGGAGGCCCGUGCUCUCGCCGGCAAGCAUCUUGCUAAUGAUCAUGUACGCAUUCGAGUUGGUCGUGCAGGAAGCACCCACAAGAAUAUCAAGCAGGAUAUCGUCUGGGUCGAGUCUGCUCAGAAGAAACAAGCUCUUCUCGACCUCCUUAUGUCUCUUCCCCCAGCUCGGACCAUCGUUUUCGUCAACAGCAGGCGCGCUUGUGACGAGGUUGAUGAUUAUCUUUUCAACUUGAAGAUUCCAUGCACUGCUAUUCACAGUGGUCGCACCCAGCGUGAGCGGGAGGAUUCCAUCCGUGCGUUCCGCAUGGGUAAAUGCCCAGUCCUCAUUGCAACUGGUGUCUCAGCUCGUGGUCUUGACAUCGGCAACGUCAACCAUAUCAUCAACUAUGACUUGCCAUCUCCCCAGUUUGGUGGUAUCGACGAGUAUACCCAUCGUAUUGGUCGUACCGGUCGAAUUGGUAAUGACGGCUUGGCUACGUCGUUUUACAACGACCGCGAUGCAGAUAUUUCUGAGAUCUUGGUGAAGACUUUAUUGGAGACCGAACAGCCUAUCCCCGACUUCCUGACGCAAUACAUUCCUGAAGGUUUUGUUCCUGGACAAGGCAAUAUCAACACCCUUCAGUUCGAGGCCGACUCUGAUGAUGGAGAUGCCGAGGCAGAUGCUGGUGCUGGUGCAGGAUGGGGUACUGACGACGCUGCUCCUGCGGCUUUGCCAGAUGCCGCACCUGCUUCGGCUGACGCUUGGGGUACAACCUCUGGUGGCGGUGGUGCUGGAUGGUAG